AGAGAUCGCAUCCAUUGCUGACAACCAAGACAGGGCAGCAUGCAGGAACAACACCGCGUGUUGUGCCUUGGCCAAGUCAUCUCGCUCUUCAUCACCAUCACAAGCAUAUGCACUCAAGUGCUUACCCAAAACUACAACGUACACUUGGCGACCACCCAGUCUGUCGGGAACUACUUCUUGCUGAUGGGAUACCUCGUUCAUCGAUGGUGGACGCGCGAAGAUGGGUCGUCAGAUACACCGUGGUGGAAGUACACGCUCCUCGCGUUCGCGGACGUCGAAGCCAACUUCCUCGUCGUGUUGGCAUACAAGUAUACGACCAUCAGCAGCGCCAUGCUUCUGGACUGCUUUACCCUUCCCGUGGUCAUGUUCCUCUCCAUCACGUUCCUCCACGCCAAGUACGCCACACAACAUUACGCGGGCGUGGGGUUGUGUCUCUUUGGCAUUUGCUUCCUUAUCGUGUCCGACAUCAUGAACUACAAGGACUCGUCGUUCGCGUCCGACAGCUUCAACACCACCGCCCUCGUUGGCGACGCGCUCUCGUUGCUCGGCGCCACCAUCUAUGGCGUCUCCAACGUCGCGCAAGAGUACUUUGUCAAAACCAAGUCCCGCAGCGAAUUUCUCGGCAACCUCGGUCUCCAUGGCUUUGUCAUCUGCGGCAUCCAAGCCUAUGUCGUCGAGCACGAUGCGUUCGUUGCCAUCACAUGGUCUACUGGAAGCGCCGCCUUUCUCGCGCUCUACGUGGCGGCGCUCUUCCUCAUGUAUUCUGUCACAGCGAUCAUGCUUCGCGACGGAGACUCGGCCAUCUUCAACAUGUCGCUGCUCACGUCCGACUUUUUCGGUGUCCUCGCGGGCAUCUACCUCUUCCAUGAGAGCCUCAGCUGGCUCUACUGCGUCGGGUUUGUCUGCAUCUUGGCGGGGCUUGCGGUGUACACGCGCGCACCUUCCCCUACCGCCACAUCCAAAGUUGCGCUGCAUGAUGCCUGCUUGCUUCUGGACCACUCGGCAGCCGCUUCGUCGCCUCAACGAGGGGGGGAUGCCAUGUCGACCCCCACGGCGUAGCACAUGAUCAAUUCUAGGAGAGUGUGAGCGAGAGGUUGGGAUUGAUUGUGCAUCAAGCGCUAACCUUAUCAACUGGACUGUACCCUACUUGAGCCUGAC